AUGAAGUUCCUCAACACCGCUCUAGUACUUGCUCUGAGCAUCUGCAACGUCGCCAACACUGCUGCGGUGCCCAUUGCAUCUCCCGAUGUUGCCAUGUUGACCUCCGACGCCGUCGCGAGACAAGAUCCACCUUCUCACGGCAUGUGCUACCUCUACCUCAACAUCGUCGAGAAGAAGCCCCAGAACCCGCAAGAUAUCGAUACCACCGUCUGGGUCGCCCUUUCAGACGGCCAGAACAAGACCAUCGAAGGCAUGACCUGGGACGACGGUGAGCCUCUCAAAGGCAUGCUCAACGGAAAGUCGAUCGACGGCAAGCCACCGGGCCAAGCACUCAAGAUCCACGGUCUCUUCAAGCCCACGGACACCUUCAGCCUCAGGUGGAUCAACAUGACUCCGGGUGCCCACUGGGAGUGGUUCAAGUUCCAGUAUACUGGUGGUAUGGUCGGUACUAUCGAGUUCGAUGAUAGCUUCAAGGGCUGGAAGGAUGCUUCGUGCAACCGCACUGAGUGGGUCAACCAGGACCGGGACUAUUGGGACAGGCUUUCGACCUGCUACUUCGAGUGCUAG